UCCUGCGCGCCGGAAGGAGGGCGGCCGAGGCGCCAUGGAGGCGCUGUGGGCCGCGCUGGGCGAGGUGGCGCUGGAGGGCCUGGACGGCGUGACCCCCGGGGCCCUCUGGGAGCGCCUGGCCGGCCGCGUGCCGCCCUUCCCGCUGCCCCUCGAGCCCGACGUCCGGCAGCUCCUCUGGGCCUCCCUCGCCGCGCACGCGCAGCUCCGCUUCUACCUGCUCCCUCAGCCCAGGCCGCCGCUGCACCUCUACGACCGGUAUGAAGAAAUUGAUCUUGAAACAGGAAUACUGGAGACCAAGAGAGAUCCUGUUCCUUUAGAUGACAUUUAUCCUGUGCACAUGAUUUUGGAUCACCCUGAAGGCAUUCAGGGUUCGUGCCAGUAUUUUAAAGAGAGGCUGGAUAUUACUGACCUGGUCAGAACAAAAGACCUGCGGCCCCUUUGCACAUAUACAGAAGCUUAUGAGAAGUGGGGCGAGAAGCUGGUGAUCGUUGCCUCUCAGAUGCUGCGCCACAGAACGCUCAUAGGAUGGGAAGGGGAUCCAGACUUAAAACUUCCUGACUUCUCCUACUGCAUUUUGGAGCGCUUGGGGCGUGCCCGAUGGCAGGGAGAGCUGCAAAGAGACCUCAGCGCAGCUUUUAAGGUGGAUUCUGGGAAGCUUCAUUACCACCGACGAGUCCUGGACAGAAAUGGGCUCAUCACCAUGCAGUCCCACGUGAUCAGGCUGCCAACGGGGGCCCAGCAGCACUCCAUUCUCCUGCUCCUGACCCACUUUCAUGUUGACAGGAGGAGCAAAUACGAUAUCCUCAUGGAGAAGCUGUCCACUAUGCUGAGCAAGCGACCUGGUCAUAUGGAGACCCUGGCGAGCAUAAGGGAGGAAUUGGGUCUCUGUGAGAAAACAUUUAAGCGUCUCUAUCAGUAUAUGCUGAAUGCCGGCUUUGGAAAGAUUGUGACCGUGCCGUUGCAAGACGUUCACCCUGAUGGAGGUCCCUUCAAGACCAAGAAGGGAACUGACGUAAUGGUUCGCUGCCUGAAGCUAGUGAAGGAGUUUCGGAAGAAGGUGGAUGAUUACCAUGAUGACGAUGACGAAGAAAUGAUCACCAAAGCCGUGCAGCCUGUGGACAUUGUCUACGAGAAGGAUAUGCUGACUCAAGCGUAUGAGCUAAUUGAAAGCUGGGGGACCAAAGGCAUUUCUCAAGCUGAACUCCGAGCCGCCAUGCAUGUGGGGAAGCUGGAAGCCAGGAUGCUCUGCCGCCUCUUGGAGAGAUACAAAGUGAUCAAGGGAUUCAUGGAAGACGAAGGCAGGCAGCGGACGACCAAAUACAUCACCUGCACGUUUGCGGAAGAGAGCGACCUCAGCCGGCAGUUUGAGCGGGAGAAGGCCCGGAGUGAGCAGCUGGCCAUGGCCAGCGUGUCGGUGGCCCCCGACGCCUCCUUGCCUGGGGAGGAGCAGCUCUCUGCAGCCGAGGAGGAGGAGGAGAUGCCUCUGCUCUCUGAAUCGGAGAAUGAGGAGGAGGCGAGAGAAGGCGUGAAGCCGAGGAGCGCCAGCUCAGCGCCACUGCUCAGGCUCGGUUUCCGAGGAGGAGGCAGCCCGCGCCAGUCGACGCCAGUGAAAGGUACAAGGGCCAAGAAAUUGCUAGCUCCAAGGACCCUGGGGAGGAAGCUGUCUCCCUUGCGCCCUUCUGAAUACCCAGAAGAGCUUCCCGAACACACGGCAAAUGAUGAUUCUGCUUUGGACACACUAAAGCAGGAAAGUGGCCUCUCAAAUUGUACCCAUUUUAUAGAUCAUGCUGGUGAUAUGGCUGUGGUUGAGGAAGUCAAGCUGGAGACUCCCAAAAAAAGUUGUGAUGUCAAGAAGAAAGAGAAGGGCUGGCGAGCCUCGGGCGUGGAGCGGUCCCACGAGACCUACCGCCUGCUGAAGCGCCGCAACCUCAUCAUAGAGGCCGUGCGCAACCUCCGCUUGAUCGAAAGCUUGUUUGCCCUUCAGAAGAUGAUAAUGGACCAGGAGAAGCAGGAAGGGGUUUCCACCAGGUGCUGCAAGAAGUCCAUUGUCCGCCUAGUGCAGAAGCUCUCCCAGGAAGGCCUUCUGCGCCUCUUCCGCACCACGGUCAUCCAGGAUGGCAUCAGCAGAAAGGUGGAGUUUGUAGUCGAUCCCUCGGUGAAUCCCAGCGACCCACUGGUGAAGAGCGCGAUUGAGCAAGUUCGCUUCCGAAUCUCCAACUCAAGCACCGUGAACAGGAUUAAAGUCCCACAGACGCCAAUGUCUCAGGAGAGUCUGGAUGAAGGAAGCCAGGAGUCUGGACUUGGGGCUGCCCUGAGGGAGAUGGAGGGCUGCUUCUCUCUUUGCAAACCAGAGGCGGCUGGCAGAAAGGCGCGCGCUGCCAAGUUAAGCUACCACCCAGUCACAGUGCCAGGCCUUGGGCGCUCCCUGGGCUUCCUCCCCAAAAUGCCUCGCUUAAAGGUGGCCCACCUCUUCCUCUGGUACUUGGUUUAUGGGCAUCCUCUCAGCGCCCAGCAGAGGAGAUGGAGCUGCAGCCAGGAGGCAGCGGACAGCCUGCAAGGCCUUGACUCCAGCCUGCCUGGCGGGACGGAAGAGAAGGAGCCGAGAGCAGCAGCCGGGAGCCAGGAAGGCUGCGAGGCGCUUGGGGACCAGGCAGUGUAUGUGGACGACGCCUCAUGGAAGCGGCACGUCCCUCCUCUCCCGCUCCACCGGGAGUUUGGCCAUGGCUGGGCUCUCGUCAGCGACAUCCUCCUCUGCCUGCCACUCUCCAUCUUUACCCAGAUAGUGCAAGUCAGCUACAAGGUAGAUAACCUGGAAGAUUAUUUAAAUGAUCCCCUGAAGAAACACACGCUGAUCCGAUACCUUCCAAGGUCGAUCCGCCAGAAGCUCCUUUACAAGAGGAGAUACAUCUUCUCAGUAGUGGAAAGCCUUCAGCGGCUGUGUUACAUGGGGCUGGUUCAGUUUGGACCCACAGAGAAAUUUCAAGAAAAAGAUCAGGUCUUUGUCUACCUGAAGAAGAACGCUGUGAUUGUGGACACCACCGUCUGUGAGCCCCACUACAACCUGGCUCAGAGCAGCCGCCCCUUUGACAGGCGCUUGUAUGCUCUGAACACCCUGCAAGACGUGGAAAACUUCUGGUUUGAUCUGCAGUGCGUCUGCCUCAAUACGCCACUAGGAAUUGUCCGCCACCCCCGUGCCAGGAGGGGCGGAGCGCAAGCCAGCGAGGCUGGCACCACCCUGGACGUGGCGCUGGAGCAAGAGUCGGCAGCCCACAGGCACAACCUUGAGCGCAAGUGCGCCAUGUUGGAAUACACCACAGGACGCCGAGAGGUGGAGGACAACGGCACCAUUCCUGGCGACGGGCUCGGUGCUGGGGGCUUGGAUUCCAGCUUUUACGGCCAUUUGAAGCGCAAUUGGAUUUGGACCAGCUACAUUAUGAACAAGACCAGGAGGGAGAACGCUGCUGCUGCUGAAGCUGGGCACACGGUCAGACUGCAGACCUUCCUGACCAAACGCUCUCUGCCGCUGAGCACAAGAGGUGGCGGCAGCAGCAGCUCUCUUUGGGGAGACGGGCUGCUGGGUGCGGAUCCUGCGGUCCAGAAGGAGGACCUGGAGGUCGAAAGCGAAACCACGCUGAACAGAAGCCAGAGAGUGAGGGGCGGAAAGAGCCAGAAGAGGAAGCGGCUUAAGAAGGAGCCGGUGAAGAAGACAAGGAAAAAGAGGAAGAAAAGAGAGGGGGGCACCGGGGUGAAGAGAAAAAAGCCGCGCUACCACGACGAAGCGGACCAGAGCGCCUUGCAGAGGAUGACCCGCCUGCGCGUGACGUGGACCGUUCAGGAGGACAGCUUGCUCAUGCUGUGCCGGAUCGCCAGCAACGUCCUCAAUGCCAAGGUGAAGGGGCCGUUUGUCCCCUGGCAGGUGGUGCGAGACAUCAUGCACAGCAACUUUGAGGAGUCGCUGGACAAGACGUGCCACUCGGUGGGGCGGAGGGCGCGCUACAUCGUCAAGAACCCCCAGACUUACCUCAACUACAAGGUUUGCCUGGCUGAAGUCUACCAAGACCGGACUCUGAUUGAUGACUUCAUGAACAGGAAGAGCAACUACCAGGACCCCAAGGUUUGUGCAGAAGAGUUCAAGGAGUUUGUGGAGAGGCUGAAGGAGAAGUUCAGCUCCACGCUGGGGAAUCCCAGACCUGCCAUCCCAGACACCCUGGAGGAGCUUUUCCGCAGGUUCCGAGUUCUGGCCAUCGGAGAUGAAACGACCCAAAGCAAGAAAGAGGAUGUGCUCAGCAGCAUCGCCGACAUCCACUUUCUGGUGCUGCAGAACUUGAUCCAGAGCACGCUGGCCCUCUCCGACAACCAGAUGAAGUCCUGCCAGUCAUUUCAGACCUUCCGCCUCUACCGGGAGUACGGGGACGACCUCCUGGUCAAGGCCUUCUUGGACUGCCAGAAGAGGAGCCUCGUGAACCGCCGGAGGGGCAACCAUAGCCUGGGCCCCAAGAAGAGCCGGGCACUGCCCUUUGUGCCCAUGUCUUACCAGCUCUCUCAGAGCUACUACAGGGUGUUCACGUGGCGGUUUCCCACAAUGCUCUGCAGCGAGUCGUACCAGUUCCUCUCGAAGCUCCAGGAGGCCGGAGCGCAGGACCAAGCCACUCGCUUCUCUUUCAAGGACCAAGACGACUCCUCUGCCUCCGAGGAGAUGGUCACCUUUCCUCUGGACGGCCCUGGGGGCUACUGUGCCGCCAUCCUGGCCCUCUUCUCCCUGGGCUUGGCGUCUGUGGACGUGAUGAUCCCAGAGCAGAUUGUGGUGGUGGACAGCACCCUGGUGGAGAACGAAGUCAUUAAAAGCCUGGGGAAAGAGGGGCUGGAGGAGGACGAGGAGGAGGACGACGACGAUGAGGACUUGGAGGAGAACGCGACCAGCAAGCGGCAGAUUGAGGUGAAGGCCCACCAGGCGUCGCACACAAACUACCUCCUCAUGAGAGGCUACUAUGCCCCCGGCAUCGUCAGCACUCGCAACCUGAGCCCCACCGACAACAUCGUCGUCAAUUCCUGCCAAGUGAAGGUGAAGAUGAGGAAGACCCCUGCCCAGGACAGCCUCUGGGCUCAAGGUCCGCCAGAUCUGGAGAACCUCCCCGUCGGAGCCUCCUGCCUCCCCAUCGCCUUCACCAGACUCCUUGGUGUCCAGGAAGAAGACUGCGAGGCAGGCCACCUUCUUCAGUCCCUGGAGCGCCUCUCUUACAGCCCUGCAGAUGCUGCCGCCGCCCUGGAAGUCUGCAGAGCCAUCGGUGAGGCUUCCCACUUUGGGGUGGCCACGGUGGACCUUGCCAGGCAGUUCCAGCACUACGAAGUGGCCGGCGGGGAUCGCACGUGGCUCUUGCCCCAGUACCUCCAGGACCUCAUUGACCUGGAGCAUGUGUUAGAAGUCGGCGGCCACACCACCCGGCUGGUGGCAAGGAGAUUCGCCAGCCCCUGGCUGCUGCACUCUGUACGCCUCAAGGAGGAUGGCCCCGAAGUCCUGCAAGGCAAAGACUCUGCUCUCCCGAAGGACCCGGCUGAGUCAGGGGAGACGGAGCUCAGCAGGGCUUCUCCUGCUCUGUCAGAGGAAGAACCAGCGAGGAAAAGGCAGAAGACGGAGGAGGAGAGUCUGGAUGGAGAAGCUGCUGCCCAAGGCACCCAGAGCAUGCCGGGAGAAGGAGCCAGCAGCCCUGCGGCCCUGAAUGCCAGCCCUGGUGGCGCAAGGACUCCAGAGAUGCAAGAAGGGACUGCCGCACUAGAGCCAGGCUCCAUACGAGGCUGCAGGAUGGACGCUGUGGGGAAGGGCAGUGGGAAAGAGGCCUCUGGCCUGAGCAGCCAGGAAGCCGAAGACUGUGGUGGUCACACCAGGGAGCCACGCAAGGAUCCCGCCUCGCAGCCGGAAGCAGCCCCUGGCGACUCCAGCGGAUGUUCUGCGGGGAAAGUAUGGCAGGCAGAAUACGAAAGCGCUGGUGGGAGCAUCAGCUUUGUCGGCCGUCCGUGGCGCAUCGUGGACGGCAGCCUGAACAAGCCAGUCUGCAAGGGCAUCAUGGAGGGGGUUCUCUGCCACAUCAUGACCAAGCCUGGCAUAACGGAAGCAGCUCUGUGCCACCACUAUUUGGGCGUCCUGCAGCCGGUGGCUCUUCUGGAGAUUCUGCAGGGCCUUGAAUCUCUUGGCUGCAUCAGGAAAUUCCACUUGAAGCAGCAGAGACCAGCCUCGCUCUUCUCGAAGCCGACCCUUGAGGAGGUGGUUGGCAGCCCCAAACUGAGCAGCACGCCAGCCGUCUUCUAUGAGCCCACUGUUGACUGCACCCUGAAAAUGGGCAGGGUCUUUCCCUAUGAACUGAACUGGAACAAGUGGGUGCAGAUGGCUCCCUUGUGAUGAGGCCUCUUUUGUACAGUAGGACAGUGAAUGUCGUUGUGUGUUUUUGUUAAUAAAGAGAUUGUUUCUGUACCUCC